AUGCCCCCCGGGGAAUUUUCAACCAACACCUCUCAUCGAUCAGUUUGCUUCCCUUGCUUGCAAGAUCAGAUGGUCAACGAUACCGGUUGCAUUCAACGCAAUAACUCGGAUAGCCAAGAUCCGAGGCCUGAAAAUCAUGACCAGAAGUCCUGGUUCAUGCAGAACGGUCUAUCCUCUACCAUUUUCAAAUUCGCUUUUACGUUCCAUUUCUUCAUACUCUUCAUCACCAUCGUCUUGCAGAACUGUACGGUCGAUCAAGGAGAUAUCCGUUUCAUCGGCAAGUGCUUGCUCCCGAUGCUCUGGAUCGUUUAUAAUAUGGCGUUCAUGAGCGCAAGGUUCAACUGGUUCCUGACAUCGUCGGAGGCUAGGGUGAUGAAGGCAUACUAUGUCAGUGACAACCCUGACCGUCUCGUAUGGCUGUUGUCAAAAGAUGACUAUCAAUAUAAUCGAACUUGUGCCCCACAUAGCUCGCUCAGCUACAUCGGGCAGGAGGCAUUGUGCAAGUUUGGCAUUUAUGAAUUCACGACCAGUAUUCUUGGAGAUGAGAGCUCAUACGAGAACAUCUCGUCCAAGUUGAGCGUUGGCCUGGGAUUGAUCAUUUGGGCCUGCAUUUCCUUUUACAUGAUGAUGAAGGAUGCGAAUCUUGAAACCAAGACAAGAGACCGCGAUUGCAGUCAGCAGCCCCGAACCGUCGAUACUAAACAGAAAGGAUGCUUCGAGACGAAAUGGACAUGGCUGAAGCGCAAAAUUUCCUUCCUUGUCAUCUCAACAGCUCUUUCGAGUCAGCAGUCGCUUGUCCUGCUUCCUCUGACCUCGAUGGAGAUCACACCGCACUGCUACGAGCUGCAGAGCGAUCUCCCGGUCACCUCACGGUUGGCCGCGUGCUGGCACAAGUGGUCUAUCGCAGGGAUACCAUACGGAGUUCCUUCUAUGGCUGCCGGAACUCGGACAAGGAGGAGAAAGAGGAGGAAAGAGGGUUGCACAGGCUGCAUCGCGGUGCUCCUGUACGUUACCGGAGUUUCUCUCUUCUUCAUAGGAGUCGGGCUGGUCGUGUUUUGGCUCUUUGGUGGCAUCAUCAUCGGCACUUGGUUUACCUACUCCUCAACAAAGAUUCUGGUUGACCUUGCCCUCACAAAGACCUUUGCCCCCGUCUUCAUUGUUGUUUCUUGUGACUUCAUCUUGCCAUACGCCAUCUUUACGACUCGCUGCGCCCGGUUUCGCGUUCCUCGGGGGAUCGGCAGGAUGAAGAUGAAACUUUUCCAUGUUAAAGCUCGAGUAGACGGCUGGGUUUCUUCCUCCUUUCGAGAGCUGGCAAAGAAGUACCUUCCCUGCGGCUCGAGUGGCUUUCAACCGCAAGAGAAUCGCUCUUCCGAGUUCUCUAGUCAGCAGCAGGAGCAGGCGAUCAGGUGUGGCGUUGAAGCCAGUCAGGAGCUCCCUGACUUGAUGAGAAUUCCCUGGAGAACUGACGGAAAGAAAGGAAGGGAGAAGUCACAACUUUGGGCAUCGAAAAGGGAGAACAACUGA